UCCUGGUGGGACUGCCGUGCCGCUCUGCCUGGCUCGCAGCCUCUACAGCACCUCUUGUUUUUGUGUGUGUAUGUGUGUGUGCGUAUAUGUGUGUGUGUGAGAGAGAGAGAGAGCCACCGCUUCAAUACUUUACACGACUGGAAAAAAUUAUGGAGAAAUUAGCCUUUCGGCUUCGUGGGGAGAGCGUGAUAUUGGCAGUGGACGAAUGAAGAGACAUGGUUGUAGACGGAGGAGAGAGGCUGCUUGGCUGUCUUUACUUCCAACCAGCGUUAAAGCUACUUUGAUGCGACCGCUUAGCUAACAAGCUAACUGGGAAUGUUUUCAGAAACUAGCCAGGUAGUUAGCUUGCUAGCUAGCUAAAUCGGCUGGAGAAAUUCGCUGUAAACGUUUAGCAAACAGGUGUUAUUAUACUUUUAUUUGUCGGUACGUUUAGUGAAAGAAUUGCGGCAGCUUUGUAGACUAUACGCUGAAUGUUCGGAGCUCCGGUGGCCCCUUGGUAGCUAAUUUCCAGCAGGGACAAUAGUUAACUGUCCAGGCAACAAGUCUGGUGCACACUGCUGCUUAACAGACUUAAGAUUGUACUGUUUUUGUGCAGUGUUGUUAUUAGUUACUGUGCGGCUCUGGUUAGCGAGAAAGUAGUAUUCUACGUUAAAAUGAACAUUCAGGGCAAAGUAAAGGUAGCUUUAUACAAAGGAAAGUAGGGAGCCACUUCAGAUGCCCACAGUGGAGUGGAUCGGGUCACUCUGUUGUUUAGGAGAACCUGUUGUCAGUUAAUCGAUACAACUAUUGACGAGGAGACGAGGUGGAUGAACAUUAUAAAUCGCCCACAUGCGUUGGAUCAGUUCCCGGACUUGUGAAAGGCAUCUGAAGCAGAAGGUGGGAGACGUGAGCGCACAACCCUUGCAGCCCGGGGGAAGAUGGCGGAGCGUUCCCGGAGGAGGUGGUGAAACCAAAACUUGGGGACUACUUGGAUUUAUCGCAAGACAUCUUAUCACAGAUCGUAGGACACAUGCAGGCCAAAAAACGGUACUUAAUUCUGUUCUCCGCCGGUGCGUGUCUCAUUCUGUUGUUUUGUUUUGGGGGGAUACAAGUCCCGCUUUCCAGACGGGGACCCAGCCGGCGUGAUGACCGCAGCCUCACCGGUUAUCACACCGGCGCUCGGUGGCGUCGCUUCCCGGGGUACCUGCAGCCUUUCAGCUCCUGGGAGCAAGAUCGGGGCGAUGAUCACAAUGAACACAUAUCUCCUAGGCAGAAGAGGGACGCUAACUCAGGCGUUUACACUGGGAAACGCUGCAGAAUGGAGUCCUGUUUUGAUUUCUCCCUGUGUGAGAAGAAUGGAUUUAAAGUUUACGUCUAUCCCCAGCAGAAAGGGGAGAAGAUGUCAGAGAGUUAUCAGAACAUUUUGUCCUCUAUUGAAGGGUCCAGAUUCUACACACCUGACCCAGGGCAGGCGUGCCUGUUUGUCCUGAGUUUGGACACGCUGGACCGGGACCAGCUUUCACCCCAGUAUGUGCACAACCUGAAAGCAAAAAUCCAGAGCCUUCCUCUGUGGAAUGGGGGCAAAAACCACAUCAUCUUCAACUUAUACUCCGGCACCUGGCCAGACUAUACGGAAGACCUCGGCUUCGACAUUGGCCUUGCCAUGUUGGCUAAGGCCAGCAUCAGCACCGAGAACUUUCGGCCUAACUUUGACGUUUCUAUUCCUCUUUUCUCCAAAGACCAUCCUAGGACAGGAGGGGAAAGAGGCUACUUGAAACAUAACACCAUUCCCCCGUAUAGGAAGUACAUGCUUGUGUUUAAGGGGAAGAGGUACCUAACUGGAAUAGGUUCAGACACUAGGAACGCUUUAUAUCAUGUUCAUAACUCAGAGGAUGUGGUCCUCCUCACCACCUGUAAGCAUGGGAAAGACUGGCAAAAGCACAAGGAUGCACGCUGUGAUAGAGACAACGCAGAAUAUGACAAGUAUGACUACAGAGAGAUGCUGUACAACUCCACAUUCUGUCUGGUACCUCGAGGACGACGGCUGGGUUCCUUUCGCUUCUUAGAGGCUUUGCAGGCAGCUUGUGUGCCCGUGAUGCUAAGUAAUGGCUGGGAGCUUCCCUUCUCUGAGAUCAUCGACUGGAAUACGGCAGCUGUGAUUGGGGAUGAAAGGCUGCUACUACAGAUCCCCUCAACAGUGCGCUCCAUCCACCAGGAUAAGAUCCUGUCCCUGAAACAGCAGACCCAGUUCCUGUGGGAGGCUUACUUCAACUCUGUGGAGAAGAUAGUACUUACCACCCUGGAGAUCAUCCAGGACCGGGUGCUGCAGCACACCUCAAGGAGUAACCUCAUGUGGAACAGUCUGCCUGGAGGUCUUUUCACCCUGACGCAGUACUCUACAUACCUGGGAGACUUCCCUUUCUACUACGCUAAGCUGGGUAUCAAGCCAUACCCCAAGUUUACAGCGAUCAUUCAUGUGGUGACCCCCCUGGUCUCCCAGUCUCAGCCAGUCAUGAAGCUGCUUAUGGCUGUGGCCAAAUCCCAGUACUGUGCUCAGGUGAUAGUUCUGUGGAAUUGUGACAAACCUCUUCCUGCCAAGCACCGCUGGCCUGCCACGUCAGUCCCUGUCAUUGUUAUAGAAGGGGAAAGCAAGGUGAUCAGCAGUCGUUUUCUGCCCUACGACACCAUCCCCACUGAUGCUGUCCUCAGUCUGGAUGAGGACACCGUGCUCUCCACCACAGAGGUGGACUUUGCCUUCACAGUGUGGCAGAGUUUCCCAGACCGCAUUGUUGGUUACCCAGCCCGCAGCCACUUCUGGGACAGCAACAAGGAGCGAUGGGGCUACACUUCCAAAUGGACCAACGACUACUCCAUGGUGCUGACUGGGGCUGCCAUCUAUCACAAAUACUACCACUACUUGUACACCACUUACCUUCCAGUCAGUCUGAAGGCUAUGGUUGACCAGAUGUCAAACUGCGAGGACAUUUUGAUGAAUUUUCUGGUGUCGUCAGUCUCUAAACUACCACCCAUCAAGGUCACCCAGAAGAAACAAUACAAGGAGACCAUGAUGGGACAGAGCUCCCGGGCGUCUCGCUGGGCUGACCCGGACCAUUUUGCCCAGCGUCAGACCUGCAUGAACAAGUUUGCCAGCUGGUUUGGCACCAUGCCCCUGGUCCACUCUCAGAUGAGACUGGACCCAGUCCUGUUCAAAGACCAGGUGUCCAUACUGCGGAAGAAGUACAGGGAUAUCGAGAGACUAUAACCUUCCAGAGCCCCCCCGCUCUCUGGACACUACAAAGAAAGAGCGAGGGGGGCGGACACGUAGAGAAAUGCAGAACCUUUCCGUGAUUGCAUGGAUGGAUCAGUGGAGACGCAAAUGGGAUUGGGUAGAAGGGGAGAGGAGGAAAAGAAACUCGAACAGAAGAGGAGAACAACACAUCCAUUGGUCUCCUCUGUUAUGUCCUUCCUCCACUUCUCCUCUCUGCCCUUUCUCUUAUGUGUAUCUGGGGGACAUCUGAGCGUACAGGUCCCGCUGUAUACACUAUGACUACCAAUAACUGAAGGACACCUGAGGACUUUAAAGUGCUCGACUUCGAACUAAAGUGGUGAAAUUCAUGGAGCUGGAGAUCACAGCUUGCUGCUUCAGUGUCCCACCAGUGGCAAACCACUCCCAACUCCAUCCCCACUGAAAGAGACAGUCUGUUCUGCUCUGUACGCUAUGCACAGGUUCCUGAAAGUUUUUUGCUGACAGAAUAUUAUUGAUAAUUAUGACGAUGAAGAGGAUAACACUAUUUUGGAUUGUGUUUAGCUAUUUUUUUUAUACAGUGAAUGAAUGGCCUACUACUCUCUCUGUAUUGUCUUAAUUAAAACCAAUAGCAGGGUGGGUGAAAAGAGGAAUGACAACCCCUCAACCAUUGAUGAUCUGAUAUUCACAGUGCCUCAAGUUUAUCUAACGGCGUUGGGAUGUGGGAGUCUGAGAGAAAGGCAUGGUGCAGAUUAAGCACCUUGAUCUUGCUGCUUUCUGUUUUGUUUUCAUGGUUUGUGAUUUUCUUUAUAAUUGAUGAAAUGAUGGAUCUUGUCGUAAAUUCUUCAGGUCAGCGUUCGCAUUUUUUCUUUGCUGAAGUGUAAUGAAAAUGUAUUCUUAUUCAGCUGAACAAACUAAAUUGUCAUGAUGUGCCAUUCUGAACCUUUUUGUUCCUGGUGAAACUACAACAGAGUUACACAACUAGUUAGAUUUCACAGAAUUUGCAAUGUGGGAAUAGAUACCCGUAAAUGCAGACAAAGAACUCAAAGGAACUCUGUAUUUUCAUUUUAACAAAAAGUCUUCAUGUCUCUUUUUAUUUGUAAAGGCUCAUAUGUCAAGCUAGAAUCAGUACUUGAAUAUGUGCUGGCCGGAAGAACAAUAUAGGAUCAUAUGAUCUGCCAAUGGUCUGUUUGAAUCACAAACCACUGUGAAAGCCAGGGAAUGGAUCUUUUUGGGCUGAUUUAACAAGGGAUGUGUAUAUGGUCAUUGUCUGUGUCAUAGACCCAAUUUCAUUUUGUCAAGUGACAAGUUUGGCUGUUGCCCAGGCUGACAAGUAAUUGACAAGGCUAACACUGUUUUCAUCCGAGUGACUUACUUACUGUCAGAGUAGGAGUUGGCAUCAUACUAAGUAGACAAAUGUAUUUUUCCCACUUGUUAUAAAGAAACAGGACCAGAUCAACAAAAAUUCUCACCAAGCAUUUGUGAUACUGUUUAAAAGGCAUAGGGACGAAAUUUGCACCUUUGUGGAGAUUCGCUCUGUUGAGUAAUUCUCUUUAACAUAAAUACAUAUAAUUAGAAGCCUUUCAUUUUCCUUUCUAUUUACAGAAUGCUAAUUUGUAUUUCUGAUAAUCACAGAUUUAAACAGAUAUUCAUCUCUAACAGAUUCAGAUUGGCAGUGCACUAUUGUGAUUGGGCCACAUUCAAGAAGCAAAAUGUAAAACCAGGAUGCUGAGAAAUUAGUUCCAUAAUUCAAUAUGUUUCAUCUUUAUCACUUUCUCUGUGUUAGUCUUCUAAAUCUGAGACACAUAUCUCAUUUGCUGUAAAUUUGUUCAUUGACUGCCAAGUGUCAGUAGAACAUUAAAUUGGGUUCAUGCAGAUGGAUCAAUAGGCUAAUUGGCUUAAACAAAUUCUACAUGAUUGGUUCCAUUAGUAGUAAAGCUUCAUUUUUUUUUUUUUUUUUAAUUUUAAUCUUGAUAUGUCAUAUCAGAUUCUCUGAAUAUGCAUGUAAUUUGAUCAACCUCUAAUAUGUACCUGUGUCUUUAAAUCACUGUGCAUCAACAAGUUCAAAUUUAACUGUCCUUGAUGUUUCCCUGAAAACUAAAGCCAGCAGCAUUUCUGUAUGAAAUCUAACCACGCCUGCCCCCGGAUCUUCCCUCGGAAGCUUCAUUUUUGUGGAAGAUAAAACAAUCAUUUCGGCGUGCUUCACAGUCCUUCACAGACCCCGAUGUGUGCCAAUAGAUCAUUUGUGGUUUUGUUUGUUUUUUCAUUUUUCAUUUUUUCAUCUGACAUGAGGAAAUGCCAUGCCUUCUCAUAUUUAUUUGGUUCACUAAAGUAUUUUCUGUUUAUCUGAGAAAGUAAGAAAAUGUGUGAGAAAGAGGAGGGACGACGUUUAUGUGUGACAGACUUGAGAAAUCAGCCGAGCAGGACGCUGCAUGGUGUUUUUCACUUCUGAGAAUGUGCUAUCGGCUUGACAGCAAACAAACAAUCCUAGUAUUACUAAAAACGUGGCUAUCAAGACAACAGAAUAUGGUGGUGAACACAUUUCAGAAAUGAACUUGGUGCAAUAUUUAAGAUGACAUUUUCUUUAUCUCUUCUCUUCCCUUGUGUUGCUGUUUCAGAGGGCAGGGAGUUAUAAAUUGAUGUGCCUUCAGAAGAAAUUUCCCCCAUCUGCCUAGUGCAACAAACAGGUCCCUGUUUUCAUUUCAUAGUAGGUUUUUUUUGUUUGUUUUCUUUAUCAAUAUCCAGUUACACAUGAUGGCUCCCCAAUGAUGUUGUUUAACACUGGAAUGCUACUAAGACUUAUCACCACACCUCUGAUACUGACAUUCCUGCCUUUUCUGUUAUAGGAUCAUUUUUCAAGGUCUUGUUAGACUCGUACUGACACAUGCACUGCCUUGUAUUAUUAUACUUGCGAGGGUCCCAAUAGCCCCCUCUUCCUGGUUGUCACAAGUAUAGUAAUACAUGUAAUGCACAUAUAAUUCUCACAUACACACACACAGUAUUUAUCAGACAGGAUUGUGUCUCAAAUGAAUCUCUGCCUGCUUCCUUCAUUCUCUUCUGUAACUGCAGACCUAAUUUUAUAGAGAUUGAAAAUGGAAAGAUAAAGGAAAAAUCACAAUUUUGUAAAAGAUUUUAUAAAAACAAAACAAAAAA